AUGGCUUUGAUGAAGUUGCGCAAGGAGCAGCUCAAGGAGAAGUUGGCCGAGCUGGGCGAGCAGACGCCUACCAAGUGGACCAAGAAGGAGAUCGUGAUGCGGAUCCUGGAACUGGAUCAAGCAGCCGGCGAGACACCGAAGAAGGUAGUGACCGACCUACAGAGCCGCAUUCGCGAGCUCGGAGUGGCGAGUCGAAAGAAGUCGACUCUGGAGGCCUACUGCCAACAGAUCGGGGUAGUGACCAGCUGCAACCACACGAUGUACACCCUCGAGCAGGCCGCCUUGCGCCGCUUGUACGACAUUUCGGAGCCUGCCGGAGAGGAUGUUGUGGGCUUCGGGAAGCACAGCACGGAGACCUACAUGGACAUUUACAGGGAGCGCCACAACUAUGCAGACUGGGUCAAGAAGACGGCCCAGGAGACCGACGAAACGGACUACCGCCUACGACGACUGGCCAAUUGGCUGGAGCGGCAGGCGGACAAGGAGGCCGAGAUGAUCCCGGUGAACAAGCCAAAAGCGAAGGCGCGAGCACCCCCAAGUCCUCCGGCGAGCACGGCACGAGCAUCCACGGACGCGACCCACGAGCUCUUGCAGGCCAUGAUGACCACAGUGCAGGGGCUCCAACAGGAAGUCCAGGAGCUACGCGCCGAGAGGCCUCGCAAGGAGGUCCGAGCAUCGAACAGCGAGACCGAGUCGGCGGCCAACUCCUACCAGAUGGACGAUAGUGUGGUUCUAAGCAAAGAAACAGCGGCGUUAGUGGAACACCAGGCUUGGAGCUUAGAACGGGCCGGUCGGGACAGCGCAGCUAUAAGGUGCGCAGACUGGAACGGAAGAGACAACAAGCUGUCCAGGCGUGGAUGGAAGGCGUACGUGCACUCUAAGGACGAGGGCGUUGAGGGUCUUUCGGAGGAUACGUAUACUUCGGAGUUUGCGGAUCGAGUGACACAGAUGGUGUUGCAGGAGCACAACUACGUAGGAGUGCUGAGUGAGUUGCGAGGGAAGCCAGAACUGCCAGAGGCAUUUGGGAAUGGACUCCACUGCAUUUGUGAGCUUACGCAAGGUAGAGAGGUGUUGCCCGACGGCACCGAACGCGUGGGACAGCUCCACAAGACGAUGCACCAGGUGGUGCAGUUUCCGCCCAAGGUGUUGUCUCUGGCGAAAGAGUUCCGGUGUUCAGUGUGUGAAGAGAAGCGAAGGGUUCAGCCACGACACCUGGCCUCUUUGGAGCCACUUCCCCCGAAGUGGCACUGCGUAAGCGCCGACAUUGGGCACUACUACAAUGUCCACAAGAAAGAACAUGUGCAGUUCAUGAUGAUAGUGGAUGAGGGAUCACGCUUCAAAGCGGCGCGAGUCCUGACAGUGGGCUCAAAGCAACAGCCCACAGGUGCAGCAUGUCUAGAGUACUUGAGGGAUGGUUGGAUAUCCUAUUUCGGGGCACCGCGGACGCUUCGCCUCGACCCAGCAGGCGCCUUCAGAGGCGCCGCGGUAGAGGAGUUCUGCGACAGGCACCAGAUUUUCCUGGAUGUGAUACCAGGAGAGGCUCACUGGAAGGUGAGCGUUGUAGAGCAGGCCGUGAAAGGGACCAAGGAACUGAUCAGCAAACUACUAGAAGAUGAACCGGAGCUGGACACCCGAGAGGCCCUAGCUGUCGCAGUGCGCACCUUCAACCAGAGGGAAAUCAUUCGGGGAUUCACCCCGACGCAGCACGCUCUGGGCCAGGCGCCAGAUAUCUCGGGCCGGAUGGAUUUUUCUGGAAAGGCGAUGCCACCCGAGCUACUAGUAGAGAAUCCCACCGGCGAGUUCGCCAGGAGCAUUGAGCGACAGAGGACUGCUGAGCAAGCCCUCAGUGAGUGGCAGGCCAAACAGCGCCUGUCUAGAGCAGCGCACUCUCGCGGAAGGCGAGUGCUAGACUUCGUGCCUGGCGAACUGGUGUUCUUCUGGCGAUCACAGGUAAGCGGACAGUCACGCCGCGAGCCGGGAGACCGCCAUGGACAGUUUCUGGGUCCGGCACGAGUGCUGGCGACAGAGACAAAGCGAGAUGAUCAGGGACAUCUCAUGCCGAGUUCGUCGGUAUGGUUGGUACGUGGCCGCAGCCUACUGAAGUGCGCAGCUGAGCAGGUUCGAAGGGCCUCCGCGCGGGAGGAGUUGAUCGAGUCUUUGAACCAGACUGAUCCCGUACCGUGGACCUACACACGGGUCGCUGAGCAGAUCGGUGGGAGCAAGUAUCAAGAUAUCACUGAGGCGGUUCCGGAACACGAGUGGACACGAGCCCAGGACGUGGAGCAGGAGGUACAGCCAACUAGACGACGGAUUGGACAGAAGCGAUCGCAAGACGAGGUGGCUCGCGCCACCUCCUACGGACGAGCUCGUGAUAACCGUGGAGAUGAAGACGGGGAGGAACCCCCGCCGAGAGAGGGCCAACGAGCUACGGCAUCAAGGUCAUCCCCCUACUCCAGGCCGAGCAAUUCGUCUGGCGGUCAAUGGUGGUCCGAGGUACAGGAGGCUUUGUGGAGCGACGACACAGCCUACUGGAACGAUCGCCAGGCAGCCAUCGAGGUGGAAGUGGCGCUACCAGAAAGCAAGCAGGGCUUGGACAAGGCCUGCAGAGACCUACCCACCUACUUCAUGAACAGUAUGAAGAAGCGAGCCGUCGAGGUCAGUGAGAAGCGCUUGACAGAUGAAGAACGAGCGCUCUUCCGAUCCGCCAAACUGGUGGAGGUCAAGAACUUCGUGGCGGCACAGGCUUUUGAGACAAUUCCGGAAGGACAAAGGCCCUCAAAAGAGCAAGCAGUCAAUAUGCGCUGGAUAUUGACGUGGAAACAGAAAGAAGACGGCUCUGUCAAGCCGAAGGCUCGAGCGGUGCUGUUGGGAUAUCAAGACCCGGCGUAUGAACACCGCGCUACCACGGCACCUGUUAUGUCACGACAGACCAGACAACUUGUAUUACAGAUAGCUGCCAAUCGAAAUUGGCGAGUCGCCAAGGGCGACGUGUCCGGUGCCUUUUUGCAGGGUAGAGAGUAUCCGGACACUCUGUACUGCAUUCCUUGUCCAGAGAUUUGCGAGGCCUUAGGCAUUCCACAUGAGUCGAUAACUCGACUCCGACGAGCUUGCUACGGCUUGGUAGACGCUCCACUAGAGUGGCACAAAACAGUCGACGAGUUUUUGGGUAGCCUACAGCUUGAGAGAACUUGGUCAGACGCUUGCUGUUGGGUGCUUCGCGAACAGGACACCGUGAUAGGUAUCAUAACUGGUCAUGUGGACGAUUUCUUGUUCACUGGAGAUGAGCAACACCCCAAGUGGCAACAAACCAUCAAAGCCAUCAAGGAACGCUUUCAGUGGGGUGACUGGGAUUAUGAUGACUUCGUUCAAUGCGGUGUGAACAUCAAAAGGACAGCCAGCGGCUUUGAGCUUUCGCAACCAAGGUACAUUGACUCAGUCAAAGAGAUACCAGUGAACGCUUCCAGACGGAAGCAACCUACGCAGGCCACCACCGAGCGCGAAAGAAGUCAACUAAGGGCUUUGUUGGGUGCCAUAUCUUGGCAUGCGCAGCAAGUGGCGCCGCACCUGAGCGCCGAGGUCAGCUUGUUGCUGUCUGAGGUCUCCCAAAGUGAUGGAGAGACUAUCGCUAAGGCAAACGCGUGCCUCCGCAGGGCACGCGCCGCCAAGGACCAUGUUAUGAAAAUCCAUGCUUUUAGAAAUGGCGAGGACCUCGGACUGUAUGGAUGGGUUGAUGCCGGUAACCAGAACAGGGUUGAUGGGUACAGUACUCAGGGUAUCUUCAUAGGAGUGGCGCCAACUACACUUUUACAGGGCGAGCUGUGCCCAAUCUCGCCAGUGGCCUGGCACUCAAACAGGAUUGAGAGAGCAUGCCGCUCUCCCGGAGCCGCUGAGGCCCAUGCGGCCAUCAACGGCGAGGACUCCUUGUUUUACGCUAGGUGCCAGUGGCAUGAGCUACUACAUGGUGCAGGCGAUGUACGGAAUCCGGCAGCCGAUGUGGGCAAAGUACUGGGUUGCUUGAUAACAGACAGUCGCAACGUGUACGACAAACUGGUGACAGCUGUGUUAACCAUAAAAGGAGCAGAGAAGAGGACAAACAUCGAAAUGGUUGCCCUCAAAGAGAGCCAGGAGCAGACUGGCUUGGUCCUGAGAUGGGUGCACUCGGAGGCGCAGCUGGCGAAUGCUCUCACCAAGCGGGGCAACUGCAAAGAGCUAGAAUUGUUUUACAACAUGGGCCAUUGCUGGAAGAUCGUGGAAGAUCCUGAAAUGCGAUCUGCCAGACGACGACGUGUGGACGGCGAGCUACCUUUGUCAUCUAAGGGUGAAUGA